UAAGCUCUUGACCGUCGAUACGAAUUUAGUACAUUCGAAUCUACUGCCGUCGUGCGCGCACCGGUUUUCAGCUCCCGACCGCGGGCACAGUACUGCACUGCCGUUGUAGCAUAAUAAUAAUACCUACUACACCGUUGUUUAGAUUAAAAUAUAAGCGUUGAAAAUCCAGUAGAAAAAAAAAUGACGUGCUCGCUACUGUUCGCGUCGUUCCACCGAGUUUCGCUCCUUUGCGCCGUCGCCUCGGCCUGCGUCGGUAUCUCCUCGUCGUCGCCGUCGUCCGUUCCGGCCACGCAACAGCACCAGCCGCGGUCGGACGAUGCCGCCACCGCCGAAGGGUUCGGCGCCGCGUUGUGGUCGGUGCUGGACGGCGUGUCGCUGACAGCCCGCGACGGCAAGUCUGUGGUCAACCCGCUGCCGGCCGAUCGCGUCGCUCUGCAGGCCAGCGCCGCGGAUCCGCGCCACAAGAACGCUCUGCUGGACGGCCUGCUCGCUGACCGCGUCGAAGAGUUCGUGUCCACCAGGACCGCCGUGCUGAUGAACGAGUCGGCCGAACAAGAAGGUGAGCCCGCGGUGCCCGGUCUUUAUACGGCGGCGGCGUGGUACGACGAUAAUAGUUUGCUCAUUGCUAUUUGCGGUGAACCGAGACUUAUCGAGAGGCUUUUUCGUUCUUAUAAAACCCUUAGAAUAACUCAAUACGCGCCCCGUAUAUUAUUAUUCAAAUGCAAUGAGUUUGUUCACAACGAUUAGAAUCAAAGGCAGUCACUAGGGGUGACUAGGUUUUUUUUUUCUGAAAAUAUUCACUUUUUUAAUUAAAUAUCGAACAGCUGUUAUUAAUGGGCGAAUCGUUCAAGUGGGUACACUCUCUACAUCUCGGAAAGUAUUAACUUUAUUCGCACAUUUUUGGAUUCCAAGUGUAGCGAAGAAUUUAUUGUUUUUUUUUGUUUUGACGAUUAAAAAUAUAAGCGGCUCUAAAAUUUUAAAUUGCCAUUAUUUUUUUGGGAUGUGAAACGAUUACUGUAUAUCUACUUUUAAUUUUCAAAUUUAUUUAGCGUUUGGUUUAUGAAUACAUGUAAUAGAUUGGAGAAUUAUAAUAUGAUUGCAUACAAUAAAUUGCUAUAGAAUAUAAAAUGUAUAAAAUGAGAAUGACAGUGAGUAAUAUUAUUAUUAGAGUAACAAAUCAAUACGAAUUGAUCUUAGAGUUUGAGUUCUAGGUUUAGCUAUUGAAUGGAGGCUGUAGGUAAAAAUAUCCGAAGAAAAAAAAAGUCCGGAGUUAAAACUGUCCGGCUUGUACACUGUAGGUAUAGCUAGAUAACAAGAACCAAUCAAAGUCGACAGGAACGGGUUUUACUUUAACGUUUACACUAAUAUAUAUAUAAUUUCUAUGGGAAUUACUUUUGAUUAGAUCCGAAAUUAUGAAGAGUUGUACUGUUUAUAUAAUUUUAUUUUCAUAUUGUGUACAAAUGUCUAUUGCGAUUCUGUAUCAGCAAUAAAUAUUGAUUAAUAAUAAUAAGGUUUAUUACUUUACAUUGAUUAUCUAGUCAGUUAUGGUCUGUUUUGUCGAGCUGUAACAUACCAGCGUAACAUACCUAACAUAUACGUAUCAACAUUAAAGUUUCUUAUUUUUCAAUUUUACAACGAUGACUACUCAUGAGUUAAUCAAAUCUAAUAAAAAUGCAUCAAAAUUAUGUUUGAAUUUUAUCAUUGUCAUUGUUAUUACUUCAAAAUUAAAACGAUAAUUAUACCUAUUAAUAUUGUUAUUACGCGUAUUCGAAUUGUAUUUAAUUUAUUAUAUUUAUAUUUAUAAAUUAUAAUUAUAUUUUUUACUUCCGGUCAUUUUUUCCUCGGCCAUUUUAGUAGAAUCCCGAACAAAAGAAAGGUUGUGAAACUAUCGAUUCUGGGACCCUAAUAGGACCGGAUUUAACAUUCAAAAGGCAACCUGUAUUAAGAAUGUUGUAUGCUUAAAAUACAUUAUUCGAAUUACUCCAUUAAGUAGCUAGUCUUUUCACUUAAAAAAAAUAAGAGUCACAAAAAAAUAAUAGUAUAAUGUAACAUUUAACAGAGCUGCUUGUUUCUGAAAUUGAAAAUUCACGAGAUAACGAGUGCUUUUAAAUGGACCACACGGUAUUAUUUUAUUUUCAUUCCGAUAAUUACUUCUAGUGGCCUAUAAACAAAUAAAAGUUUCCUCAAAGGAAAUAUUACCUAUAAGUAGGUACUCGAAAAGAUUAUUGAAAUUAAAAACCGAAAAUAAUAUCGGGAAAACGCUCGACGAUCCUCGCGAAGCGGUGUAAUUGUACGUACAUUUUUUUUAUCGAUAUAUUAUGCUCACUCUGUGUAAUAUGUGUUUGUAAAACCGUCGCUGAAGAGACAUUAAACUGCAGUAGAAUCGAUCCGUUCGGAUCGUCUUCGCGGUAGUCUUUUGUUAUAAAAACGCAAUAACGUCGCAACCGCUACCUACUCGCCACUGAAUACAAGGGGGUAAUAAUAAUAAUAAUAAUAAUAAAGAUUAUAAAUCGCGGUCAAUUUGUUUCGCAGGUCGCAGUCGUAAAAAGAAGCUCGAAAUUUUCCGAAAAGCUCUGGCCUUAGCCGGCAUGUUGAUUUUCUCUGCCGCUGGAUCGGUGAUAGUGAAAUCCAUCGCCUUGACUGCCAUUACGGCCCUGAUGGCCAGCAAAUUCGCGAUUGGGCUGUACGCCAUACUAACACUGGGCAAAAUCCUCCAAGACUACCAGAACAAUCAUUCCGGAAAACCCGCGCCCGAGUAUUUCGACCGCAUCAUGCAAAUCGACGACCACAACACGGCGGCGACGGCGUACCAUUCUGUCUUAUGAGCUGAUCGGUGAUCGCUGCUAUUUAUUUGUUUAUUUAUUUAUUUAUUAAUUUAUAAUAAAAUUGUAUACAAUAUUUAUGUAUAUAAUUAUUAUAUAUAUAAUUAUAUUUAUUAAUAUAAUUAUUAUAUUCCAUUUGGAUCGUGUUAAAUAUUACUUGUUAAAUACCGAAAUACAGUGAAUGACAAAACAG